AUGGUGGAUUCUUGUUGGGUAGGGAAGGUGCAGCCGGAACUGUGCUGUUCCGAAGCAGGACGAUCGAUUUGCUUCCCCCCAAACCAGGAUUUCACCUUCGAAGGCUGCUGCACGGAGUACCUUCGCAGCCUUCGGCCUGAUGUGCAAGCGGAAGGGAUCACAUGCGGGCAUUCGGGGCCGACAUGCAGCUGGCUCUUCAGCCAAGCGCUGGAGUUGGACACUUUGGAUCGGCCUGCCGUCGGGAAGUAUUGCCAUGACGGUCUCCAGCGCACGGGCUUGACCGCGGAAAUGCUGCACACGGAAGGGCUUAAUCGACGCCUGGCUCACCUUUCAUGCUUUCCGGGUAUUGUGGUGUUGCUGUCUAUGUGCGCGCUAGCCGAAACGGCGAAGUCUGAAUGCGGGUCGGUCACAUCGUCGAUGGCCCCUCACCACCAAGACCCAGCGCUCUCUUUCUUUAUGGUCGCCUUCAGAGCGCUCGGAAUGGUGACCCAUUGCAUCGACCACAGUCCAUGGCCUAUCACUUUGUCAGAGUUCUCUUCCAAUUUUCAGCUCUUCAUAGAGCAGAGCUGCAACUUCGAGUGGUUACGACCAAGGCGGGGUUUGCCUUUCGUGCGCAAUGUGGCUGGUUCGACCCUACAUGAUGUGAUACCGUGGUCCCAGAGUGGAGUUCACAAUCACAUGGAAGUGCACAUGCGCCUUCAUUGGGCACUUGGUGCAUGGGACAAUCGAAAGUAUUGGGAGCACAAGAUGAAAGCCUCACCAGGGAAGCUCGCACAAUUUCGUUUUGCAGACAAGCUUGACUUCUGCGAGCUCGCUCGGGAGCUGGAGCUCGCAGUGAUUCGGGUGCUUGUUCUUGGGUCUGGCCCCGUGGCUGCGACGCGCAGCUUCACGUGCUCCUAUGGCGCAGUGGGCGAGACGAUCUCAUGCGAUGCCUUUUCCCGGCUCUACCGGCAGCUGGCCGUCGAGACUGGCUUCACACCGCCAGAAGGCUUUCCAGAGUACUGUGACGUGGAGGAGCUCUGGCACGUUUAUCCGAAGGAAUACUUUCACAUAGUCUAUGUCAGCAAUGCGCUGGACCACACAGUCCACCCAUUGCGCGGAUUGAAGAUGCUCUUGUGGGUGCUGCACAAGAAUGGGAUGCUGCUGCUGCGUCACUUAAGGAAUGUUCACCCCGAGAGUUGGACAUCCCUCUCAGAUGGCCAGCAUCAGUGGGGCUUCGACACAAUAUCCAGUCCUGAAGGAGGCCGAAGUUUCGUAAUCUGGAACCAUCUUCAUCGAUGGAACAUCUCGCAGUUAUUGGCUGACGACGGUGCCGCAGUGUCUGCGUCAUACAAGGAGCCAUUUGUCGAUGUGAAGAUUCAGAAGACCGCUGAUUUUAAGCACACUGGCGAAACAGACAACAUCUGCAGCUUUUUGCGCCUCCGCUGCCUCUCUCCGCUGUUCACCGGAUGGGUCGAUGCAACGUGGCUGAUUUUUCAGGUCGACCUGUCCGCAAAGGGCCUUGGCGAAGCCAAAAGCGCCGGCAGCUUGCUGAAGUCGGAGGGCAUUAAGGUGGACAUGGCCUUCACUUCGUACUUGAAACGUGCCAUCAAGACAUGUGAUCUGGCGCUGGAAAAUGCUGAUCAGUUGUUUGUUCCCGUGGAAAAGAGCUGGCGACUCAACGAGCGCAUGUAUGGCGGCCUCACAGGCUUGGACAAGAAGGAGACGGUGAAGAAGCACGGCGCCGAUCAGGUCCAAGUCUGGCGGCGCAGCUUCGACGUGCCGCCGCCACCAAUUGACGACGACAGCGAGUUCAACCCCGCAAAGGAAAAGAAGUAUGCCGCUCUGAACAAGGCAGACAUCCCCAAAACAGAGUGCCUCAAGGACACGAUUGCUCGGGUGAUGCCGUUCUGGGAAUCGGCGAUUGCGCCAGAGCUGAAGAAGGGCAAAACCAUUUUCGUCGCCGCCCACGGAAAUUCUAUCCGGGCAAUCCUCAAGUUCUUGGAGGGUAUCUCCGAUGACGACAUCACAGGCCUUGAAAUCCCCACUGGUCGCCCGCUCAUGUACAACUUGGAUUCGGACUUGAAGCCAAUUGCAAGCGCCGAUGCGAUCGCACCCCUCAAGUUCGGAAAAUACUUGGGUAACCUUGAUGAGAUCAAAGCGGCGGCAGAAGCUGUAAAGAAUCAGACGAAAGUGGCGGCUCCAGCAGGUGCUGCUGCUCCCGACUCGAAGACGAUCAUGGCUGUCAAAGCCCGGGAAAUCUUCGAUUCACGGGGAAACCCCACCGUUGAAGUGGACCUCUGCACUGGAACUGCCUUGUUCCGUGCAGCCGUCCCCAGUGGAGCUUCUACUGGAAUUUACGAAGCCUUGGAGCUUCGAGACGGUGACAAAGGUCGUUUAUUGGGAAAGGGUGUACUGAAGGCCGUUGCAAAUGUCAACGAUAUUCUCGCUCCCAAGCUUUUGGGCAUGGACGUCACCGACCAAACCAAGAUCGACAAGAUGAUGGUCGAAGAGAUCGAUGGAUCGAAGAACGAGUGGGGAUGGAGCAAGUCCAAAGUUGGCGCAAAUGCAAUUCUAGCUGUGUCCAUGGCUGUGUGCCGUGCUGGUGCAGCUGCUAGCGGCAUGCCUCUCUAUCAGUACAUUGCCAAGAUAUCAGGCAAGAGCACCGACAAGUUCGUAAUGCCAGUGCCGUCCUUCAACGUCAUCAACGGCGGCAGCCAUGCUGGAAAUCGACUGGCGUGUCAAGAAUUCAUGAUCCUUCCUGUGGGUGCUUCCACUUUCAAAGAGGCGAUGGUGAUUGGUGCUGAAGUGUAUCACAAUUUGAAGAGCGUUAUCAAGAAAAAGUAUGGGCAGGAUGCUUGCAACGUUGGUGAUGAAGGUGGCUUUGCACCGAAUGUGCAAGACAACAACGAGGCCCUGGAUGUGUUGAUGGAGGCUAUCGAGAAGUCUGGCCACAGCGCGAAGGUCAAGAUUGGCACCGACGUGGCAGCGUCUGAAUUCUACAGCGCCGAGGGCAAGACCUAUGACUUGGACUUCAAAAACCCCAGCAGCCCAGCGGAAAUGAAGAAGACUGCGCCACAGCUGGCUGAUUACUACAAGGCAUGGCUCGACAAGUACCCUUUCGUCUCCAUCGAGGAUCCGUUCGACCAAGAUGACUGGGACGCCUACAAGCACUUCAUGUCGGAGGUCGGGCCGAGGGUACAGAUCGUUGGGGACGACCUCCUCGUGACGAACCCAACUCGCGUCAAGAAGGCCCUGGAAGUCGGGGCUUGCAACGCCCUCCUCCUGAAGGUCAACCAGAUUGGAUCCAUCACCGAAGCUAUCGAGGCUGCUACGAUGUCUCAGAAUGCUGGUUGGGGCGUCAUGGUGUCGCAUCGGUCUGGCGAGACUGAGGACUCCUUCAUCGCAGACCUCGUCGUAGGUCUCCGAACUGGACAGAUCAAGACUGGCGCACCAUGCCGAUCUGAGCGCCUGUCCAAGUACAAUCAACUCUUGCGCAUCGAAGAGGAGCUCGGUGGGCUGGCAACAUAUGCCGGCGUUGACUUCAGGGCAUGUUGCACGCGAAAAGAUUCUCAGGACUCGUCCUACGAGGGGGCGACACCAGGACCAUUGCUGAUUCGACUGGCCUGGCACUCCGCCGGCACCUACUGCAAGUCUACGAAAACUGGCGGGUCGAGCGGGGCCACCAUGCGCUUUGAGCCGGAACUCGGCUGGGGGGCCAAUGCGGGGUUGAAGGUGGCGCAAGAUCUUCUGGAGCCUGUGAAGAAGAAGUUCCCGUCGGUCUCGUAUGCGGACCUCUGGAUUUAUGCCGCCUGCGUUGCCAUCGAAGAGAUGGGUGGCGAGAAGGUGCCUUUCACACCCGGCCGGAAGGACAAGACUGCGAAGGAGUGCCCUGCCUGGGACGGCCCAACCUGCAAGGAGCACUGCUUGUGGAUGUGCAAGUCUCCGC